GUUCUAAAAGUUUCAGAAAUUCUAAUUUGAUAUGUUCUACAAAAUUAAGACCAUAUAUUUACACUUUACCCUAUUGCUGUGAAUUUUUUUGAAUAUGUAUUCUAAGGAUUAUCUAUGUUCCAUGAUUUGUUAAAUAUAUUUGUAAUUAGUUUUUUUUUUGCUUGAAAAUGUUCCGAAUUUCUUCUUUUUUUUUGCUUGAAAAUGUUCAGAUUAGUUUUUAAUUAUUUAUUUUUUGAUUGAAAGUGUUCCGAAUUACAUAAGAGGUAUAAUUUGUCGGAGAAAUUAGGGAAUGAGACAAGAAGUUGCUAGAAUCCUCUGGCGUUUUCAUCACUACUAGUCUCUCCUUGUCUUUUUUUUUCCUUGGAUUCUCUCCAUUCGCAGAUGCAUUACGCCAUGAACAGUGAUCCCGAGACGCAGAUGAUGGAUGCCGACUCCACCGAAACGUUCAUGCUCGACAAACCCAGCACCGCCAGAGAUUUCCUCUCCGCCGCUCGUAGGCUCGUCGAUCAAGGAGAACCAUCUCAAGCUCUCCAAGCGGUAUUUUCGAUUUCUUCUAGGUCGUGAUGGCGAUGAGAAACCAAGGAGGAGAUGAGGCGGUUCUUCAGAUACUGAACCGUACCCGUGAACUAUACAAGCGUAGAAUUCAAGAAACAGCUAGUAUGGAUCAGCUGGCUUCUAUAUUUGCAGAGUGUGCCAUUACAGAAGCACAGCCUCUUGCGCUUGAUGAGCCUACAACGUCAAAAGACUUAUUUGGUACCAAACAAACAGUUACAGCAGAUGCUCAUGGCAUAUCUAUUCUGGAAAAAAGUGGGAGGUCACAGAUCAUGCUCGAUGCCUUUGCUGACGGAAGCAGUUUUAUCUGUCUGCAAUGCGGUGGUCUGGUGAGCAUCCAUAGGAGAGAUGAACACUAUGCGUACUGGUGUAGCAAUAUGUAAUACAAGGAUGCUAUUUUGUUGGCCAUUACAUGAGAAUCUGCGGCAAAUUGCCUUCACUGUAAUAUUUUGUUGCUAAAUGUUGUUGAUCUUUGAAUGGAAUGGGAGAUAUACAACACUUCAAAUUUGUCUUAACCUUUACUUGUAAUGUGUCUUAUGCUUAUCAAUUAACGCUUAAAGAAAAGACUUUGCAUC